AUGGAUAUUGACUAUCAAAAUAUAUUUAAUAUGCUUGAUGAAUUAAAAAAUGAAACACGAAAAACAAUUGAAACAAUUAAACGAAGUCUUUUGUCUAGUCGACCAAUUUUACUUAGUCGAGAUCAACUUGAAGAUUAUAUCAAACGUAUUGAAUUUGCUAAUGAAAUUAUGUUAAAUUUAGAUUAUUUAGUAAAAAUGACAUUCGAUGCAUAUAUUAAUUUUAUAAAUAUACAUUGGGAAACAAAUGAAAAUUUUGAAACAAUUGAAAAACAAAGAAUUAUAUCGGAAAGAUAUGAUAUGUCAAUGACAGAAUGGCAAUUUAUAUUAAGUAAAAUUGAACGAUUUCAUGAAGUUGUCAAAAAUUGUACUUAA